AUGCAAUUGAAAAUUGCUUUUAUUCUCGUUCUAUACGCGGUAAUCAUACCGUUUCACUGCUCUGCUGCUGUCGUUCGAGCGGAAGAGACGAAAGCUUUGGCGUUUCUGAAAAAAUACAACAAGGAGGCUCCCAUUGAGAAAAGAAAGUUUAUGGACCUUGCAUGGAAUUACGCUACAAACAUCACAGAUCACAAUAGCAACUUGAAGACAACCGGAAGCCUCGCUAUCACAGCAUUUCAAAAUAAGAUGCGAGAGAGAGCGUCAAAGUUCGACUUGAGCAAAUUGUCCGCCGACACCAAGAGGCAGAUCAAGUUUAUCACUUCUUCAGCGAUACCCAAAGAUAAAGCCGUGCUGCGUAGAAUGACCAAGCUCAUACCAAAAAUGGAGGGCAUCUACAGCACAGGCAAAGUUGAAGAUAAUGACGGCAUCAAGUUUGCACUAGAGCCAGACUUGUGGAACAUAAUGGCCACAAUACGGGAUUAUGAUAGACUUCAGUUUGCAUGGAAAGGCUGGCGGGAUGCGGUUGGCCCGACACUGCGACCUCUCUACAAGGAAUUUGUGAAACUGAAAAACCAAGGCGCCAGAGAUAAUGGCUGGAAAGACAUUGGCGAGUACUGGCGAUCGUUUUACGAAAUUGAAGACUUUGAGGGCAUGGUUGAAGGCUUUUGGACCAAAUUAAAGCCUCUUUUUCAAGAGCUCCACGCCUAUGUGAGAUAUAGGCUCAGCCAGAAGUACAGCAAGAUGAAAAAGAAAGGUCCAAUCCCAGCGCACCUGUUAGAGGACAUGUGGGCGAUGACGUGGGAAAAUAUUUACGAUCUGGUCGAACCAUACAAAGGCAAGCCCAGCCUAGAUGUUACAGCUAACAUGGUAAAGCAAAACUANAUACCGUUUCACUGCUCUGCUGCUGUCGUUCGAGCGGAAGAGACGAAAGCUUUGGCGUUUCUGAAAAAAUACAACAAGGAGGCUCCCAUUGAGAAAAGAAAGUUUAUGGACCUUGCAUGGAAUUACGCUACAAACAUCACAGAUCACAAUAGCAACUUGAAGACAACCGGAAGCCUCGCUAUCACAGCAUUUCAAAAUAAGAUGCGAGAGAGAGCGUCAAAGUUCGACUUGAGCAAAUUGUCCGCCGACACCAAGAGGCAGAUCAAGUUUAUCACUUCUUCAGCGAUACCCAAAGAUAAAGCCGUGCUGCGUAGAAUGACCAAGCUCAUACCAAAAAUGGAGGGCAUCUACAGCACAGGCAAAGUUGAAGAUAAUGACGGCAUCAAGUUUGCACUAGAGCCAGACUUGUGGAACAUAAUGGCCACAAUACGGGAUUAUGAUAGACUUCAGUUUGCAUGGAAAGGCUGGCGGGAUGCGGUUGGCCCGACACUGUGACCUCUCUACAAGGAAUUUGUGAAACUGAAAAACCAAGGCGCCAGAGAUAAUGGCUGGAAAGACAUUGGCGAGUACUGGCGAUCGUUUUACGAAGUUGAAGACUUUGAGGGCAUGGUUGAAGGCUUUUGGACCAAAUUAAAGCCUCUUUUUCAAGAGCUCCACGCCUAUGUGAGAUAUAGGCUCAGCCAGAAGUACAGCAAGAUGAAAAAGAAAGGUCCAAUCCCAGCGCACCUGUUAGGGGACAUGUGGGCGAUGACGUGGGAAAAUAUUUACGAUCUGGUCGAACCAUACAAAGGCAAGCCCAGCCUAGAUGUUACAGCUAACAUGGUAAAGCAAAACUAUACUGCGCUGAAAAUGGUGCGACUCGCCGAGUCGUUUUUCACGUCAAUUGGUCUGGAAGCAUUUCCCAAGUCAUUCUACUACAAGUCUUUGUUUACCAAGCCUGAGGACGGCAGGGCGGUAGUUUGUCACGCAUCAGCUUGGGAUUUCCUCAUAAACAAGGACGUCAGGUUAGACUAGUGCUUAGUUUAUCUCCCGGGGGAAUCCCAUAUCACAGUGAUGGGGUGAUUGUCGUCUUGCUUAGGGGUAUACAGUACAUUGCCGAUUUUGCCCUCACUUAUGGUGUUCUGGAUUAAAAGCCUUUGCGUAAGGAAGUAUCCAUAUAAAAAGAGAAAACGCCGUCAUACAGUCAACUCUCGCUAAGACGGACAGCUUUGGGACCGGCAUUAAGAGUUCGCCUAAGAAUGAUGUGGGUCUAAAGGCCUGUUUACGUGGAGGUGGGAGACCCCAGAUAGGUGAGGUAACACGUGGCGGGUCACCUCACCGAUCAUGUAAACGUGAUCGAAUUAAAAUGAGAGAUUAUAUGUACAGGCGGGUUACCACACCUAAGCGGGUUACCUCACCUACCUGGGGUCCCCCACCUCCAUGUAAACAGGCCCUAAUAGAGUCAAAUAAAAGGUCGAGUAAAGAAAGGCAGGGACCAACUCUAGGUGUCCGUUUUACCGAGGUGUCCGUCUUAUAAGUCAAUCCCCGUUAAUAUGGACACUGAGAGGACAAUAGAAAGUGUCCGUAACAAUGAGGUGUCCGUAUUAAGCGGGUGUCCGUGAAACGGAGUUUGACUGUAUGGUCUGUAAAGGUGUCAGGAGAGAGUCGAUUGUACUUUGUCGGAUAGGGGUCAAAUUAAGCCUGAGUCUCACCCAGAUUGGUGUUCUUUAGGUGUUAAUUAAAUUCUAAUUUCCCGACAAAUAUCUCAGUCAGUCUCUUUAAUAUUGAGUCCACACUCCCGGGGGUUCAUCACACUGUCUGUUUACAUUUUUAGGUGUACAUUUGAGCUAAUUAGAAACUCCAAAAUUUUUCUUUGAAUAAACGGAAAGAUCCAAUCACUGAGGUUUUCUAAUUAUAAAACGGUCAUCGAUUUACGGUUUAGGAUGGACAACGGUGUUGUUUUCCGCGAGGUGACUUAGUCGAUCAUAUGCCCUUGCCAAAAAGGACAAUUUUUUGCAGACUUGUUGGGUUAAAAAUGAGUGAAAAACUGCAUACAUUGAUCAACGAUUUGCAACUACUUAAAAGUUUAAUGAGGUUUAGAGCGAUGACGGCUACGACACGGUCUUUUCAGAAUCAAGCAAUGCACCACUACCGAUCAUAGCUACUUGAUAGUCACUCACCACGAGUUGGGCCACGUUCAGUAUUUCCUACAGUAUUGGGACUUACCGUUCGAAUACCGCGAUGGCGCCAACCCAGGAUUCCAUGAAGCCGUUGGGGAUACCCUGUCACUUUCAGUCGACACUCCACAGCACUUGACAAAAAUUGGUUAGUUAGAGGAGUACAGCGAUGAUAAAGGUAUAGAAUACACUAGACUACGAGUAGUCCCCAUUUUUCCUCAGGGAUAGUAGAUCGAGCGAAACGCGAGCGCGCGUGAAAAUCACCUCACGCGAGAAAGGCGAGACUGCCCCGUCUCGCCUGUCUCGCGUGGGGCGAUUUUCACGCGCGCACGCGUUUCGUUUGCUCUACUAUCCCUCAGGAAAAAUGGGGACUACUCGUCUCACCGCCGCGUCUCGCCUUUCUCGCGUGGGGUGAUUCUCAUGUGCGCUCGCGUUUCGCUCGCUCUACUAUCCCUGAGGAAAAAUGGGGACUACUUGUAGUCUAAGAAUACACUGCAUUUAACUCAUUAUCUCGCACCUUGUAAGGGAAUCCGGAUUGCAGAAUCGGGGAAAUUCUUGCUUGUGGAUUCCGGAAUCAGGGAAAAUUUUGCUUGCAGAAUCCGAAAUCCUGGGGUUUGGAAUCCAAAAAUAUCCCACUAACGAUUGGAAUCCAGAAUCCAAGUUCCAUUGGAAGCUGAAAUCCAGUACCUUGAAUCCAGAAUCCACAGUGUGAAAGUCAGAAUCCAAGACUGUCUUAGAUUUCCUUACAAGGAGCGAAUUAUCUCCCAAAUCAAUCUCUUGCUUUCUCUCUCUCUGUGAGAGAACUAUGAGCCGGUAAAAUGCUAACCAUUUACAUAUAAUACAGGCGAAGACACUGAGAAAUAUUACACAAAAGACUUAGCAAACUGUGAUCACACGAGA